AUGACCAAUUCAUUUUUCCAACAGCUUUUCAACCAAAUGUGCUCUCAAGGCUUCUUCUCCUCCGAUGAGUUUUUCGCUGGGCUUCUGCAUAUUCUCACCGCAAUAGGAGUUCCCAUCCACCUUUUCGGUGCUUAUAUGAUUUUAACAAAGACGCCUCAAAAAAUGCAGUCUGUCAAAUCAAAUAUGCUACUUCUUCACUGUGCCGGAGCAUUUUUGGAUGUUUGGUUCACUUUUAUCGCUAUCCCGGUGAUCACAAUUCCAGGGUGUUCUGGGUAUUUUCUGGGAGUUACCGUAUCGUUGGGAAUUCCUACAGUGGUUCAAUCGUAUUUGUGCAUCUCUUUUACUGGAGCGCUAGCCGUCACGGUUCUGUUAUUUUUCGAGGACCGAUACAAUAGACUUGUGAAAAAUGGAAAAGUUAAUUGGAAACGACCGAUUUAUGUGAUGAUGCACUACACCUUUGCGAUAGUUUUUCCUAUUCCAGGGUACUUGAAUAUUCCAGAGCAAGUGUCGGCAAAAGUUGUGCACAAGCAGAACAUCCCCUGUAUCCCGAGUGACGUCAUCAAUCGCCCGGAUUAUUUCGUUCUUACUAUCUCAGACAAAACGAUUAUCUAUUGUAUUUUUUCAGUUACGAUUCUUGUUUUAUCUCAAGGUUUUUUCUUCACUGGGUGCAUCUUUUGGCACCUCUUCCAUAUUAACCCAGUCUCCCAGAACACUGUCCGUCUCCAGAAGCAGUUCUUUUUGGCGUUAUGCAUUCAAAUAAUGGCCCCGCUGAUUUUGUUGUCGAUCCCAGUGUUUUAUAUCGUUUUUGCUAUCCAUUUUGAUUAUUAUAAUCAAGCAGCAACAAACAUUGCGCUAGCCACAAUUUAGUGUCACGGAAUAUUUUCGACAGUGAUCAUGCUUGCAGUUCAUACACCUUAUCGGAUUGCAACUUUGGGAAUUUUUAAGUCAAAACUGGCAAAAACUACAUACAAUAGUCAGAAUGCUUGGGCUUUUGCAAAAUAUUAA